CAGAGCUAGACGCGGCGGCGGCUCCGCGGGCUGCGGUCGCUCCCGCCUUUCCUGUGCCACCGGCGGCCACAGCCGCGCACCCGGGCGGGCCCGGAGGAGCGGAGGUAAUGGCUUUCCCCUUCCCAGACCUGAGUCUCCAGUGGAGGAAAUGACUGUCCGGGAUCUUCCUCCAGAUCUGUUGCAGAGACUGAACUUUCACAGGGCUCCAACUUGCCCAGGACGGGAAAGUUUCUCUUUUUGAAGGGCUCCACAUUACAGCCAAGAAGAUAAAAGAUGACGACUUCGUCUAUCAGACGGCAGAUGAAAAAUAUUGUGAACAAUUACUCAGAAGCCGAAAUAAAGGUCCGGGAAGCCACGUCCAAUGAUCCAUGGGGCCCGUCCAGCUCUCUGAUGACCGAGAUCGCAGAUCUGACCUACAAUGUGGUGGCCUUCUCAGAGAUCAUGAGCAUGGUCUGGAAGCGGCUCAAUGACCAUGGCAAGAACUGGCGGCAUGUAUACAAGGCGUUGACGCUGCUGGACUACCUCAUCAAGACGGGCUCUGAGCGGGUGGCCCAGCAGUGCCGUGAGAACAUUUUUGCCAUCCAGACUUUGAAGGACUUCCAAUACAUCGACCGUGACGGCAAGGACCAGGGCAUCAAUGUACGUGAGAAAUCAAAGCAGCUGGUGGCCCUCCUCAAAGAUGAGGAGCGGCUGAAGGCUGAGAGGGCCCAGGCUCUCAAAACCAAAGAGCGCAUGGCCCAGGUUGCCACUGGCAUGGGCAGUAACCAGAUCACCUUUGGCCGAGGCUCCAGCCAGCCCAACCUCUCCACCAGCUAUUCAGAGCAGGAGUAUGGCAAGGCCGGGGGAUCACCUGCCUCCUACCAUGGAUCGCCCGAGGCCUCGCUGUGCCCCCAGCACCGCACAGCGGCCCCGCUGGGUCAGAGCGAGGAGCUGCAGCCGCUGAGCCAGCGCCACCCCUGCCUGCCGCACCUGGGGCUGGCCUCCCGCCCAAAUGGCGACUGGCCCCAGCCCUGCCUCACUUGUGACCGCGCAGCCCGAGCCACUUCCCCAAGGGUGUCCUCUGAGCUGGAGCAGGCCCGGCCCCAGACUAGUGGUGAAGAGGAGCUGCAGCUGCAGCUGGCACUGGCCAUGAGCAGAGAAGUGGCCGAGCAGGAAGAACGCCUCAGGAGGGGUGAUGACCUCAGACUGCAGAUGGCUCUAGAAGAGAGCCGAAGAGACACAGUGAAGGUGCCCAAAAAGAAAGAGCACUUAUCCCACCCACAGCAGACCACCCUGUUGGAUUUAAUGGAUGCCCUCCCCAACUCAGGCCCCGCUGCCCAGAAAGCAGAGCCCUGGGGCUCGUCAGCCUCAGCUAACCAGACCAACCCUUGGGGUGGGCCGGCUGCCCCGACCAGUGCUGCGGACUCCUGGCCAUCAUUUGGUGCCAAGUCAGCAGCCUCUGUGGACCCAUGGGGUGUUCCCACCGGCACCAACUCUGUCUGUAAGAGCUCAGACCCCUGGGCAGCCCCGCAGCAGUCUGCCCCCAGUGCUGGGAAAACAGCUGAUGCCUGGGCUGUAGCAUCAGCCACAAAGCCUGUAUCCACCUCUGGGGCCUUUGAGCUGUUCAGUAAUUUGAAUGGUACCAUUAAAGAUGAUUUUUCAGAAUUUGACAACCUCCGAACUUCAAAGAAAACAGCUGAGAAGGUGGCCUCUCCACCACCCCAAAACAAUGGAACUACAAGCCCUGACCUGUUUGAGUCUCAGCCCCCAACCGUCACCUCAAGCAAGUCCAACAGUGCCCGGAAGACACCCGAGUCCUUCCUGGGCCCCAAUGCGGCUCUGGUGAACCUGGACUCACUGGUGACCAGGCCAGCCCCGCCGGCCCAGUCCCUCAACCCUUUCUUGGCACCAGGUGCAGCCACGGCGUCAACUCCUGUCAACCCCUUCCAGGUGAACCAGCCGCAGCCGCUGACCCUCAACCAGCUUCGGGGAAGCCCUGUUCUGGGGACCAGCACGUCCUUUGGGCCUGGCCCAGGUGUGGAGCCUGUGGCUAUGACCUCCACCGCCUCACACCCAGCUCUGGGGGCCAGCGGUUCCUCCCUGACGCCCCUGGGCCCCACCACAAUGAACAUGGUGGGCAGUGUGGGCAUUUCCCCAUCGGCUGCUCAGGCCACCGGCACAACCAACCCCUUCCUUCUCUAGUGCUUGGACCUUGCCCCCCGCAGAGUGAAUGCCCAGGGCAUGUGCCCGAGGAUGCCGAGCAGGGACUCGUGUUGUGGAAUGGUGUCUGAGAGGUGGGAGGGGAUGUUAGGGCUUCCUAGAUCUGGCUUCCUGAUCAAAAGGGUGUCUUUACAGCUGGACCCUCAGGUUCUGUGCCUGGCAUGGUGAGACAGCAGACACAGCAGCCAGCCUCCUGAGGUGGGGACUGUCCCAGCUCACGUCGCGCUGGAGGGCUCCUGCCCAGCCUGGCCGCCCCUGCACACCUCCUCCCCAGCUCGGGUCCUGGCACCCAUGAAAAUUGGCCGGCUCUCCAUCGCCUUGGAUGAGGCAGCAGGGGCCAGUGUCGCCCUUGCCCCCUAGGGUCUCUGGGACACUGCCUAGCCCAGGACUUGGGACGGUCCCCUCAUGUCUACCCCCAGCCCUAGCAACACCCGAGGCAGCCCCAGGUGGGGCUGGAAAGAAGGGUCGGCUCCUUUAGACACUUUUGGGGAUGUGGUUGUGCAUAUUUGAUUUCUCUUUGACUCAUGUGAGUUCAAAGUUACCACCACCACCGUGGACAACUCUUGAAUAAAAUCCACUAGAGCAAGCUUUAAACUAAUCUGAGCAUAACCCUGCCACGUGGCUCUAUGCUUGUAUACGUUUGCACAUAUUUUGUUUAGUACAGUUUCAUAUUUGAGUUUGCAGAAUUAUCUAAUAGUCUUUUUUUGGCUAAUAUUUUUAUAACGUGGUUCUUAUUUAACUGUCUAGUUUUGAUAGAAUUUACCAGGUCUGGCUGAAUUAAGGUAUUGGCACUUGUCAUGUCAGUGGUUUAAAUCUUAUUUAUGGUUUUAACUCUGUAAGAAAAUUUAAAGAGACAAAAAAAAAUGCCUUAUGGAAAAACUAAAGCAAAUUCUUUAUAGGAAAAAAUAUGGGAAUUUGAUUACACAUAUAAGAUGAUGUUUAUUUAAAAAAAAAAACUAUAACAGCAACAAAAAAAAUCCUAGCCUCCAGUUGCCUUUUCCUUUCUUUAACUUCCCCUUUUUUGUGAAUCACCAAACUGAUUAACUCUGCCUUUUUUGGCUAGAUCCUAAGAGAGGCUAUUUUUCUUACUGAUAAACCAACAUCAAGAAAGUUUAAAAGAAAACCUAACGUGUGAAUGAGACGCACCAGUUUCUACCCGCCAACUCCUUUUGUAACUGAAGGCAUGCACAGCACCGACCAGGACUCCGAGCGCAGGGCCUCUGAGCUGGAAGCGCCAUCUUGAACCUUGUGUGUCUGUGAUUUCCUGUCUUAAUCCACACUCAGGGUGAAGAUGGGGACGGCUUGGGACGCAGUCACCUGGGAGCGGCGGCUCGUCGCCCCUGGCUCCCAGUGGGUGCCCCCUCCUCACCCAGGGUGUGGCCCCAGGGCUGGCCCUGACCCACCCACCCGCUCACUCCAGAUACAGGUUGCAGAUUUUAAAAUAAUCAUCUCUUAUUUUGGAGGGGAAGGAUGAGAGCAGUCUCACACAAUAACGUUUAACAAACGCACUAAUUAUCUCCUGUUCCCAACCUCCUGCUUUCCUCCCCACCACCCACCACUUAAAGUAUUGUCGUGAAUUACAGGUCAGAAGGGACUUGCUUUCCUCCCAGAGAGAGGACGUGUGCCCUGAAUCCGAGUACAGUCAGCCUGCCUGGCUGGGCUUUCAGUCUUGCUUCUCACUGUGGACUUCUCGACUCGCUCCGCUGGCAGCCACACUUGGCGCGGCCUCCUCCUCACGCCUCUGGUUCCAGGGGAGGUCUGGCCCUUACCGCUGGGUCCGGGGAGAUGCAUACUGCUGUAUACCCAGCGGUAUACAGGCUGAUUCAGAAUUGCCCGCUCAGGCCACUCUUCUUCCCGUUUAAAAAAAUUCAAAGCUGCUGCACCCCUUCUCCUCCCCUCCCCCAGGGCCAUCGCAGAGCCCCUGAUCAGCCAGAACUGGGGAGCUGGGGCUCCCGAGGCAUUUCGGAGGCCGGUCUGGGCUCAGGCCCGGAGAGGCUGGAGGCAGGGAGGAUGGGGCAGGCGGCUUCCCAGGAAGGUGCUUUCUCCCUCACUUGGUGCGCACCCGGACCGCCUCACAGUGCACAGACCACACUCACCCACGUGGGUCAGUGAUCGUUUUCUAACAGACGAGAGCCCUUCCUCACGUGACUUUGAGGCCCCAGCGCUAUAGCCACGGCCACGGAGGCCCAAGAACACUCUGGCCCUGCCGCCCAGCACAGGCCUAUGCCCUGGCGCCUUGUCACUGUUGCCCACUGCACUGAUCAUGAAGCCACCGGCCGCUGCCACGUGUGUUGCACACAUGCUGUCCUGCUCCUUCCUGACUGGCACCGGGGUAGGUGUCAUCCAGCUGUUUCCUCAGUCCUAGGGGCCGGUGUCUGGUUUUGAACUUGUGUUGACUAUUGAUACUUAUUUACUGUAUAAAUAUAAUUUAUCAUUUGUAUCAUGA